UAUUGCACUGCCAGCAGUCAUCUUGUGCCCUGGGCUGUCUACCAUAUUCGGCUCUGGCCUCAUCUUCCUCUCUGGGGUCCUGUAUGGCCUGAUGGCUCUAGGGAAAAAGGGUAGCCGGGAAGACAUGAUUGCGGCUGCUCAGCAAAACACAGGCCCUGUCAACUCCCAAAGCGCCAUCCUGGUGGACGACCCCGAGGCCUGGCGUUCCACCUGAGCGCGCUCACGGUUCUAUAGCAAGCGACACCCAGCGUUCCCAUAACUAACCACUCACAUAGGGUCCAGGGAGGAUAUGAUGGCAGCAGCACAGAGUACAAGGCCAGGCAACAUGAAGGACAUCUUAGUGGAUUCUGAGGCUCCUCCCUCGAGCGCUUAAGAAAAACAUACCCAUGUUUCACACACACAAACCCCUUCCGUGCCAUGUGGGAGUAUCGACAAAUGCAAACAGUCAUGGUUGUUAUAGAUGAGCUGCCUGGGUUUCAUGUUCUAAGGAAGGUGAUUCUCGUCAUUGUAAUUUUUCUUUCUUUCUUUCUUUCUUUUCUGAAAGGGAUUUGGAACAUGGAUUUAUAUCUCAAUUCAAAUAGAAAAUUAGAAUGUAGUGUCAUGUCCCAUUCUUUAAAAGAUACUACAUGAGCUUGUAUGGGAUUAAAGAACUGUGCAUAGAGCUGCGAACAGUAGCCUAGUUCAUGUUAAUUGGGCUAACUACUUGAAAUUUGUACUUAGGUUCUUUGUUCUCUGGAAACAGUAUUUAACUCAAAGAAUUUGGUGUUUUGACUAUUUUUUCAUUUGCCUAUUAACUUGAAUGAUUAAUUUGCGUAAGCCUUUUUCUUACUGAAUUGCGACUUACUGUAUCUUUAAAAGAGUGUUGUGAAAUUUGUUCAGCUGUCCUCUUUUAUGAUCACAUGUGGUGGAUUCUCCUUUCCCUUGUUGAACAUUAUCCUAUGAAUGUCCCAUACCUCAGGCAGCUGUAGUGAUGCUGAUAUUGAUUAAGACAAUGUUUGAUUACUGACACGGAGCACAUUUUCGAAUUUGUAGAAGCUUUAAUUAAAGUGUUUAAACAGUGUAGAAGGAGAUUUUUGGGAAAUUUUUAAAUAUAUGACUUAAUUUUGUAAGGCUGCCAUGGGAUGCUUGUAAAAAUGCCAUCAGGAUCUCAUGAAGUUCCUGGUCUAUUUUUCUUUUGUCCUUCUUACUUUUUGUUCUUCCAUUAAUACUAGAGUAAGAAGAAAAUGCUUACUUCUUUGGAAAUCUGAAUGUGCAGUUGUUAAGCUUUGCUUUUAUGUUUUAUAUAUAUAAGGAAUCCAAAGCAAGAGGUUUAGAAACAGUAGUUGAUUGUAAACAUUGUAUGUAAAUCUUAAGCACAUAAUUAGUUGCUUUAUUUCAUCUUGAAAAUCCACACAUUUAUAUUUCUUGAUUGAUAAAUAAAUCAAGUAUGACAGUUGGAAAUUGUAAUCUGCCUUUCAGUCUUCUGUUGGUAAUUUGAUUAUGAAAAAGGGCUAUCCAUUUGUUGUACAAUGCCCUACAUUAGCACUGACAUCCUCCUGGUUUAGAUGUCAAAUGUGAUUCUCAAGUACUUUUAUAAAUGGUUAUUGUUAAGAAGUGGUUGCCUGAAAGUUUCAUUUGGUCUGAAAAUGAACAAAGUCCUGAGCAUUUUCACCUAACUUUACAUUCCAAAGCUAGAAAUACCUAUAAUGAAAAGUUUAAGGAAUAUUUGAAGUUUAUACCUAUAUCUAUAUAUAUUUCUUAUCUAUUUGUUGUCUAUCCAUAUGCCUUAAACCAAUGAGAAUCUUGAAAGAAUAGAUAACAUGCUGGUGAUGGUACAGCUUCAUUCAUGUUGGUUAAUUUACAGCCAUGAAAGGAUGAAUAUUGUUAGAAAUCUGGUCAACAGGGUGGGUGCUGUGUUCAGAAGAUGAAUAUUUUAGUAUAUAUAAGCUUAAAUGUUUCUGUAAAUGCAGAUCCAAUUGUGUCAAUAAGUAAAAGUUUUGAAACUAAAGCUUCUACCACACACAUUUGUUACACACAACCGAGUUCAAUAAAAGCUUAAUAUUUUGCCUUUAUAUUGUGUUGAUUAAAUUUAGUUGAUGGAUGUAUUUAUAAAUUGAUUUGACUAAAAAGAUGAAGAUAAGGGAAUUCUGAGGCCAAAGCACUUUAAGAUUAAGGACUGGAACAUAAGGCAGCCAACACUAUUAUAAGUCCACUGUGGGUCACAGAAUUUUAUGAAGUUUGUAAAUUACAUAUGCAUUGCAUUGAUUAUUGGGCACAGAUUUUUAACACCACCUUCUCAGUUUUUGCAUUCGUUAGCAGAUUAUAUUUUCGUAUACAUAUAUUUCUCUAUUCUAUUACUCUUCUAACUUCAGUGUUGAGCAUUAAUUAUAACAGUUAAUUAAGCAAUUUUUCUUUAGGCUGUAAUCCAUACAUAUCGUAAACAUGAAACCUUUGGUUUGUUUGAAAAAGUGAAAAGAAAAGUAUUAUAUGGUAUACAUUACCAAGUAACACAGGAUCACUGCCGCUUUAGAAUAACACUUGUCAGAUCGUCUAAGUGGAUGUGGCAUAUGAAUGUCAUAAAUGUAAAAAUUGAAAAUAGAUGAGAAUAUUAGACAUCACCAUUUAAAAAUUAUUGUGUAUUUGUAUUAGAAAAAAAAAAAAAAAAACGAUAUUUUUAAUUGCUUAAGCAGUCCCUUCUUAUUUAGUAAACAAAAAACCAUUCCAUUUCCAAAUCUCCUUUCAUUGAUUGUGUAUUCUCAAAUGGCACAGAUUUAGCCAUGCAUAUCUGAGUCAGCCAUGCUGGUAUUUUCAUGUUAUUGGUCUCUGGUUUGGAAGAGGUCUCCAAGUGGUCCUCAGUACCACUGUCAUAGAUUUAGAACUCAGGCCACUUGCUGCCCCCCCCCCCUUUCUUACCUAAUGAUUUCACAAUCUUUUGCACAUUCAGUUUUACCCUACCCUUUUGUAAUUCAAAUCUGUUCAAUGCCUUUUUAUAAUUUUCAUGAAAUGGUUACCGAUUGUGUAUACCUGGGCUUUUAGGAAGGGUCCAUCCAUAUAUAAUCUGUGGAAAUGUUGAGUGUAUGAUGUGCUUUUGUAGGCAUUUUAUCUGAUAUUGUAAAGAUAAUGUACAUUUGUGAGAGCCUAGAAUUGGUGUAAAUAAGUUGUUAGUUGUUGGGUACAUAUGACAAUUUAGUUCAGGACUCAUAGGGUUGCACCAAAUUUGUACUUUUGGAAGUAUAUGUUACUCUUGUGAAUAAAUUCAAUUGUGGUCUUUGGAAUGUCUGUGAAUGAAAUGACUUUUCCACUACCUAUCUCCUGAAUAAAUUUGUCAGUGUAAUUUGUUAAGAAACAUCUGUAUACAUGUGAGUUGUGUUCAUUUGCUGGAUCAUCUUAUGUUUGUCUAUAUUAUAUUCUUCAAUUUGCAUGUGAUUUGAUUUUGUAUGAAAUGAGGAUUUAGGUUUUUUCAUAAAUCAGUAAAUAUUUUUCUAACUUUUUCUUCUUUGGUUAAUGGAUCUACAUAUGUUCUCUUCUUAUACUCUUCCUAAAAUUGUGUUAAAUUGAUUUCUCAGUAAAGUAGCUUUUUUAUAAUGUGUUCAGAAUCAAAAGUUAAAUGUAGUCAAGAAGAGAUCUCAAGGUGGUCUUCUGAGAAUCUCAGUUUGGGCUGGACUGCCUUCACUCCAGUCUAGAUCCACCAUCUGAGGCUCAAGAUCUUUCAAUGCCUCUGCGGUAUUGUUCUUUACUGUUUGUCCUCCAGAGUGUGUGUAUUUAUGUGAAGUCAUCUAGUGGUACCCAAUAAACAAGAGAAAUUUA